UAUAUAGAUUUUUAAGACAAAUGCCUUUGCUUUGUGAUUGUAUUAGUUGAAUGGAGGAAAGAACACGGCUUUCCCAGAGCCCUCACCUAUGAUGCUUCCUGUUCAUGCUGUACUAUUUGAUCAUGCUGUGAAAUCCCUCCAAGCCUAUGAAGCCCAACCACCGAAAGAGAAAGACAUUGUCCUGCUCAAAGACGCCCAGGUGGCUAUGUCGUGUGUUUUAAAUACAAUGUCUGAACGGGCAUGUGAGCAUUUCAGUCAAUCAAAAAAAGAGGUUUUGGUUGAGGAUGCAAAGUCCUUGAGUAUCAUUGCAGAUUUUGAGGAUCACCCUUCUUUACAAUUCCUCCAGAAUUACAUUGGUAUAUUAAGAGAAAAAGGCGUGAUCUAUUUAAAAAAAAAGGUGGUUGCAGAUCGUGGUAUUAUCAAUGGAAAAUAUCUUGACGAGGUGUUGCCUGACAAUGUGUCCAUUGAGGACAAAGUGCUUAAGAUCCUUGAAUACCUGUGUGGAUUUAUUAUCCACCCGCCGUUCCUGACAUCAUCACCCUCGGAAAAUGAUUGCCUUCAUGUCUGGGUAUCAAUAUUUGAGGUUAUAGCUGACAGGAUUUCAUUGCACACAGGGGAGAAAGCACUAAAGGCGUCAAAGAUCAUGAGAAAAAUGCAAUCUGAUGAGUAUGGUGAUAUCAGCGAAACCGGAAGGAAAGUCGAUUGUCUCUUUGUUUUCGAUGGAAUUGAGAUUUCCAAUAUCGAAUUCAAGUCACCUGAGAUUUGUGAUAAGGAGUUGGCCAUUCAAAAUCGUAAGAAUAUUCGACUAGCUCGUUGUAUUCAGGAAUUUCACGUUGAGAUUGGUGCCAGUGAUUUCAGCGUGUUAAUGGCAGAUAUCUUUGGUUUCAGCGGCAUUUUUUACCAAGUAAAACCGAUGGGCGAUAUAGCCAUCGCAGGGAAGACUACCUCAACUGUAGUUCAAAUUCCUAGGACAGCUGGUGAACUUGAAGAUUUUCUUGAAGGCAGUUCGCUUGCCAUCAUAUGGAACUUCAUUUCUUCUUUAGAGAAACAAGGACCAUGUAUUGUACGGGCAAAGGAGCGUUUUGACGCAAUGCAAGUCAGAAAAAAGCUCGCACACGCAAUUACAGGACCACGACAACAUACCCCCCCGCCUGUGAAUAGAGCAUUUCGAAACAACGUCACGCUAACCCCAUCAAAAAAAAGAACCUGGACAAUGAGUGACGUAAAAUCAUAGACUUAUAUGUUAUUUGGUUUUCUUUCCUUCUUUAUUUCUUAUUUUCCAUUUGUUUUUCAUUUUUGUUCAUGUAUUUUUUUCCCUAGAUGUAUGACUUUAUUUUUCAUAUUAUUGA